UAGGUAUCCAUCCGGUGUUCAAGGAGUAUACAUACCCGGAUCGUUAAACAUGGAUUGUAUGGUGAUAAAAUAAGAAUAGGAAUAUAUUUUGUAAUUCUAAAGUUUAUUUAUAUUUUUUUUCAAUAUUGAUUUUCACUAUAUAUCUUCUUUGGUAUUAUAUGCUUUUACACUUUAAAAUAAGAAGAAAAAAUAGCUAAAACUACAGGGCAUAAUACAAAAUGGCGACUGGUGGUAGUUUAUCGAGGGCAUUACAAGGCGGACACGAACCGUUCUAUGACUUUAAUUGUUCAUUAUGUGAGAAGGAAGGGAAACACAUGGAAGCUGUCAGAUACUGUGAAGAAUGCUUCGUCUACAUGUGUGACUCUUGUGUGAAUUACCACAACAGAUUUCCGCUUAACUCGAGACAUAAAUUGUUGGAUCAGAGCCAAUUUACGACGCUAAACCAACCCGCACUGAAGUCAUUCCCUACAAAGCGAUGUUUGAAACAUCCUGGAGAAUUAAUCAACAUCUUCUGUGAAGACCACGAUGUUGUAUGUUGCAGUGUUUGCAAGGCUCUUGAUCACAGUUCGUGCACUAAAACGCAGCAUUUACCUGACGCCGCUAAAGGUGUGUUAUUGAGCCAAGGAUACCAGAGUAUUAAGAAACAAGCAAAAGAGUUCCUGUCAGAGGUUAACAACGUACUUGCCAAUUUAUCAGCCGACAUUUUUCGUAUAGCCAAGGAGAAAGAUAAUAUUAAACAAACAAUUGCAAAUUUUCGCAAGAAAGUGAACAAAUACUUUGAUAAUUUAGAACAGAAAAGUCUUGAUGAACUAGAUUUUAGAGAGAAGAGAAUCACAACAAUUAUUGACAAAGAUUUGAAAUUCCUUCAUACAACAAAAACAAAGGCCGAAGACAUCCUUAAACAAAUAGAAACAUUCAAGGGGGAUAAUGAAUGUGAACUUUUCGUUCACGUUAAAAUGGGAAAGGAUUAUGUUCAUGAUAGUAUGGGCAUAGUUCACGGUUACUCAAAAUCGCAAAGAGAAGAGUCUAUCAAAUUUAUCAUAAAUCCUGAAAUCGAAGUCUAUCUUAGCAGCUUAAAGAAGUUGGGAACAUUUUCAAAAGCACGACUUUCGUCUACAUCCUCAGAAAUUCAAGUAGCCGUUCCGAAACAAUCUCCUGUGUCUCAAUCAAAACGAGCUGAUACUUCGAAAGACACUGGUUAUUAUCAGUUAGAGCUAUUUGGGAGAUAUAACGUGCAUGAAAAGUCUGACUCUAAUGACAGUUUUAUACGCGCCAUAUGUCAGCUACCUGAUCGAAAUAUCCUUAUUAUCGAUGCUAACAAUGGUAGUCUGAAACGACUCGAUCCGUCAUAUAAACUCAUUGAUUCUAUUAAGAUAAAUGGUUUUCUGUACAGUGUAUGUGCUGUUGGGUCUGAUGAGGUAGCUGUGUCACUGUGGACUGAUAAGAAAAUACAAAUUGUUUCUGUAGGAAGACGUCUGUCACUAAGGAGAACAUUCAGCACAGGUACCUACUGCAGAGGAAUGGCCUAUAUUGAUAAUAAACUGUAUGUGUGUUGUGGGGAUGUUUCUGAUUCGUCUUCAGGUUGUAUAGAAGUGUAUAACAAAGCCGGAAAACUAAAGCAUCGAAUAUUUCGUGCUGCACGUCAUUCAUCCUCUGUGCCAGAUUGUAUCAUAAGCAGCGAUGACGGCCAACAUCUCUUUGUUACAAUGUUUCGCAGUGAUACUAUUACUAUGCUUGAUUUUGCUGGCAAUGUUGUUAACACAUACAGUGAUAAAAAACUCAAAAAUCCAUGUGGACUCUGUACAUAUGGUAGAGGUCACGUGUUUGUAUGUGGGAAAGACAGUAAUACCGUCCAUAAGAUCACUCCAGAGAACAAUAAGAUAGAAGUAAUAUUGAGUGAAAGUGACGACAUAAAGAAUCCAUGGGGAGUUUGCUAUGACUGGAAAUAUUCCAGACUCUUGGUAUCUUGUGGUGAGUCAAAUGAACUUGUUGUAUUUAAUCUAAAAUAGACGAACGGGAUGAAUAAGUAACAAAUAAAUUUCUGCUGAAAGGCACAAUUAUCAUUAAACGAUAGACCAAACAGAACGAACAGUGGAAAGGUUUCGCUUGAUUAAGAGAAGGUGGUUAUGAGAGGGUUUAUGUAAAUUAUGUUAUUUGUUUAAGGUACUAUUGAAUGCAAUAAAGUCUGGCAUGAUUGAAUAUAUAAAAUUUUAUUAAUAAAAGAGCAUGGAUGUUUUUUAUUGAAAAUGUAAUCCACAAGGUUAGAGGAUCUUCUACAUUUGAAUUUAUUCUUUACACAAAUGACAUUACAUAAUACGCAAUAAUGUAUUAUUUCAAAAGAAAACGAUUAUAAAAAGGAAACAGAAGUUAUACUCACCAAGUUUAUGUCUAUAAUCUAAUAUAAGAAUUAUCUCAAAGGUAUUUUCUAUAGAGAAUGGUAUAAAGAGUUAUUAAAUAUAUAAAACGUAUUUUGACUAUAGGCAUAGCAUGUUCUUUCCUUUCAGAACAUAAUGUAAUUACAUGAAUGAGAAAGCAUUGAUCUUUGUAAAUAUAUAAAGCAACGAGUUAAAAUGGUAAAAAGAAACUGCCAUACUGAAUAAUACUUUAGGACAACAAGGCAUGAAGUGUUCACAGUUCGACAUUAUAAUGCUUAUAUCACCUUUCUUGUUUCAAAUUUAGUAGAAAGAACUGAACUGACCAUUCUAAUGAGAACGACCAUGCCCAUGUCUUUAUCUUCCUCGUUUGCUACUGUUCAAGUUCUUCCUUGUUUUAGUCUUGACUUUUUUAUGACAAAGAUAAAUUGUAUUUACAGUGUAUUGAUUAAAUAAAAUAUAUGUCAUAGUUGUA